AUGUUUUAUUAUCCAAACGUCCUCCAGCGCCACACCGGAUGUUUCUCCACAAUUUGGUUAGCGGCCACCAGAGGCACCAGGGUGACUCGCAGAGAGCUGCUCAAAGUCAAUGUCAAGCUAACAUGCGGGGACAUCCAGGGCUACGUGACCGCUCAGGUUCCUGCAUCGCAGCCCAACCUGCCGAUGCCUCGCUUCUCUCUCUACCUGUCGUCCCAGCUGCAGUAUGGAGUGGUGGUCGUCUACCACAGCCAGUGUCGCUUCCUGCUUGAGGAGAUCCAACAGACCAUUGACCGCCUGCUGCGUGCUAAGACAGGCUCACGCAUUGACAUGGCUGAGUCUGACAGGCUGGCCCUGAAUGUUCCUGACAGCCUGUACCUGAUGGAAGAGGCUGAGGGAGCCCAGGACCCCUUCUUCGGUCUCAUGGAAUCACACCAACUCCUCAGCCCCUAUAAAAUACUCCAGACUGCGUUUACAAGUGAAGAUGUGGGUCCACAGCACUCCCUGGUGCCCAGUCCCCGCACCACACUUGACAACGGGGAUUUCAGGUCACCCUCAGUCGCCAUCACGCUGACAGAGAAGGAGCAGUUUGUCAUCACCACUGCUGAGAAUUUCGAGGGAGAGGAUCUUCCUGAGGUCACAGACAGAGAGCUCGACUUGCUGAUGGAUCAAAAUGACCAGUUCUGUAAAGAAGUGGAGCAGCAGCGGAGCUGGGACAGAACCAAAGAGCUUGAGGGAGCCAUGUCCUCUUUUGACCAGUUGAAUAAAACCGCAGUGAGAGAAGAGCGGGACAGUGUGUUCCUGCCGGAUGAGGAGUCGGGUCAAACUGUGGACGUUACUCUGGCAUCUCAUGGCCUAGAGAUGACUCCACUGCGGGUUGCUAUGCCAACCCCGUCCUCUGGGGCAUCCAGGACAGAAGGAGACCAAGGGACAGAACAUUCAACUGAAGAGAUCUUGGUCUGUCCAAUCAGGAAACCUGCUGGAAGCCGCAGACGUCAGCUGGUCUUUGCCGACCCUCAGGUCCAGAUUUCUGACAGAGCAAUGAAGGAGCAGAUUGUAAAACCACUGGCCGAGACACUGGAUCUGUCCGAUGUGUUGCUGAACUUGCCCACCUCGACCAAGUGGGCCACACCUGCUCAGCUCUUCAGCGCCCCCUGUGAACCCCUCCCUCAUACUGACCUCCAGUUGCUAUGGAAACAGUGUGCCUUGCUCACUGCCCUGCCUGUGCUUGGGGAAAACCAAAGUGGGGAGAUGGAGGAGGAAGAGGAGGAGGAGGCGAGAGGGGCGUCUGAGCAGGAGCAAGAAAUACUGAGGCACUCGAGCAUGAAGCAGUUAUCCAGUGAGUCAGGACUGCAACCCGCUGAUGGCUCAUCUGCAUUAGAUGUGAUCCUGGACAUUUCCAGAGAGGACAAGUCUGUAAGCGACGUGAUCACCCCCGUUGGGAGAUGGUCUCCGCAGGAGGACACUCGGCUCCUAAUGGAGCCUAUAGCAGAGGAGAACAUUGAAAUGCCCGAGGCGCAGACUGACACAGAGAGCAGGGACAUGCUGAGCUGGAUCUCCUCCGCCCUGGAGAGGUUUACUGAGGUCACCUUUGACUCUCUGCUGCCCCCCGAGGCCGACCGCACCACUGCAGCUCACACGCUCUACAAACUGCUUGAGCUGCUCUCUGGCAGACACGUGACCGUCCUCCAGACUGAACCCUACAGCAACAUGACCAUCAGCUCUGCCUGAGACUCCGACCUCUGCAGGAAUCCACACUGCGGCCUCAUGUAGACAGAAUUAGUUCCUAU